AACAUCACCCCGUUCCUUUACCAUUCUGUGGUGACAUCACACACAAAAAAUGGCUACUAGAAAAGGUAAGCGCACUCAUAAAGUUAAUCCUUUGGAUUCUGUCUGAGUUGAUAUCUCAUAGUCCAAAUAAUAAGCAUUCACUGAAUAUACGGUAGGCACAUAAGUUGUUAUCUUUCCGCAGAUGACAGGAGGUGCUUGCACCGCACAAAUAUGCAUUGAAGUUCUACAUUCUCUUGACAUUUGACUCUUCCUGUCAGGUUUAUCUAGCCAUUUACACCCAAAAGACAGCAGGUUGGUAUUACCAGCCUUCAGUAUAAGGUAAUAGUCAAAGAGAUGGUGCCAAAACCUCUUUGGUUAGUUUUUAUGACAACAAUGCAAUUGAUCAUCAAUGGCCGCAGCCGAGCACAGGUCACAGUGAUCCAAGGCCACGAUGUCACCCUUCAAUUCACAUUUAACAUCAACAUCACUAACAACAACCAUUUUGCAGUUUACGUUGAGGGCGGCAAAAAGAAGGCAGAGCACUGUCCUUGGAAAGGUUGCUCAAGAGAACGUGGUUUUGACAUUUACUCUGAAAAGUCUUCGGUAUUUUGCCAAAUUACAAACCUCACACAAGGUCACAGCGGAACAUACAGUGCCAGGCUGUUCUCAAAAAGUGAACCAACUAAAGAAAGUAAUAAAGUUCACCUGAUCGUUCAAGAGGAGAAGAGCAACAACAGCGUUUUACGUGCACAGGAGAACAGAAAUACAACCAAAUAUCCACCGAGCUUUUUUUCCAGUGUAACCAACACUUCACUUGUGGUUUUACCUGUCAUCUCAUUCGCUGCAACAUUGCCCUGGUUCUUCUGCUGUUGUGUCCGAGCUCGAGCCAAUAAAGCCCGAAAAAAACCCUCACCCUCAACACAGGUAGCAUGUGUGGCGACUAAUAUCAUGCCAGAAGCUGAUUUAGCCUACAGUGUCCUGGACUUCCCUAAAAGAGAGGCUACGCUGCCGGACAGCAAGCCAAAUGAUAGCGAAUAUGUCCAUAGUCAUAUCAUAGUUUAAGCACAGGUCUAUGAUCGUAAGCAAAAGUUGGGAAAAUGUACUGCACCUAAAUACAGUACAGUAAAUGUAUAUAAUAAACUUAGUAUUUGAAUAGAUAAAUGCUUUACUCUGUUAAAAAUCCUUAUAAAAGAAGAAAUAUGUUCUCUUUAAAGAAAGCUAUGAUCAUUUGGGAUUUUACCGUGUUUAAAUUUACAAUCUAUACAGCACUGUUUGUACAACGACACUGAAAAAAAAAUAGUGGAUUGGAUUUUAUUGUGUGCAACCACCUGACGAAAUGAAUUUGAGUAAAUAUAACACACUGGGGUUUUUUUCAAGUGUACAUACAGUCCAUGAUAAGUCUGAGAAGGCGGGGAGUGUUAACAAAGUUUUACUUUUAUUUUCUGUUAUGGUUUCCGCAUGGUAAAAUGGUGGUUAGCGCGUCUUACCUCACCGUCAGACCUUUGCAACAUCACUGCGUGAAUUUCAUAUGUUCUCUCUGUGCGGACGUGAGUUUUCGAUAGUUUCCUGCCACAUCUCAAGAGUGUGCUUCUUUGGUUAUUUGACGUUGAAUAAAUGUGAAUAGUUGUUUGUCUUUUAA